AUGGACGUUUUCAAAAGGCUUUCACCGGAGCUUAUAGCCCCGAUCUUAAACAGCUUGCCAGACCUCAAAAGUCUCUAUAAUAUCGUCAAGGCGUCGCCAUAUGUCUUUCACUUUUUCAACAGCCCCCACGGCGCUGCAAUUCUCGAUGAUCUUCUUGGAUCUUGGGGGCAGGCGAUCAAGGACAAAGAUCUUUAUCAUGGUGCACUGCCAUGGGUACCACUUAUCCUACGCCUUGUAGCUCUCAUUAGACACUGCACUAGCACAAAUCAACCAGCAGAUAGUUUUGAAUGCCUGUUCCUUAAGUACUUCAUGCCAAAAAACAACGAUCAAGGACACGAGGUUGUGCACGAUCUUCAACUCCCACCAGACAAUAUCCCGCGCAUUCGGCUGGAGGAUGUGAUAGACGGACCCCAAUCCUAUUUACCGCGGGAGAUGCUUAUUCUCAUAAGAAAGAUUAAAGUACUCUCAGAAGAGUGUUUUCAAUUCUUUUACGAGCGCAUGCAAGCCACCAAGCCUCAACAUCUUGUCGACAAGUCCUUUGACCUUGGUCCACUACCGUGGAACUACCGACCUGACGGACUUGUCUUUGGGUUUUGUAAUCUCCAACUGCGCUACGAGUUGAGCACCGCCAUUCACGAAGGACGGUUAGAUUGGUCAGCAUCUGAUGCCGAGGCGAUACGCGACCUGGGAAGUGCAGAGAAGUGCUCGCCUGAGCUUGGAGCGUGGACUUUGCUAAACUCGUGGGAGUCAGUUUGGUCAGCGGUACUUUACGUCCGAUAUUUGGAAGGAGUCCCAGAUGAGAGUUCUUUUGUGGGCAAUACAGAUGGCGAGAACAGGCGGAUUCUGUUCAACGACACCGGUUUCAGGCCUUUGACAGGCGGUCGAUUGCGACUACCGCAGCCAAAAUACGAAACCUCUGAUUUCGAAUGGCCGACCACGACGUCACGUCAACCUCUACUCCCUCCCUUUGACAAUUUCUUCGCGAUCAAUUGCAGAUUCGUGAUAGGUGUAAAUGGUGGCUUGUGUGCCCAAGAUAUAUUCUCCUUCGAAAGCACUUCCGAGCUAACUGCAGGUCUGUUAUUCCGCCCCUUUAGGCGUCUUGGGUUUGGCAUUUGGGAUAAUCCCCGGCAUGAGCCCGGUAAAAGAUGA